AUGGAACCGGAACCAUCCUUUACCGCUCUCCUUGAGGCUGUCACAGCCCUCACAGCCACCGUUGGGUCCCUACAGGGCCAGAUCCAAUCUCAAGGCCAGCAGCUUGCUGAGCUUAAAGCCAUAUGCAAGGAGACCGCCGACUUACUUGGCGACAAGGAUCAAGGAGGACCCCAAGUCCAAGCCCAGCCUGGCCCAUUGACUGGGCCUGUUACUCCCCCCACGCAUACAGGAGGAGAAACGCACACUCUAGGAACGGUUAGGCCUGGACUCAAGGCCCCUUUCUGCCCAUCAAGAGGAACAGGCUUUGACUCAGAAGAAGAGGAAGAACCCAGGCGGGCCCCCAAGAGAGAGCCUUGUGACACGCCUAAGCGGAGCCUCAGCUCCCUUACCCCAUUUGACUCAGGGUCCAGCGUGAAGCGACCCAAAAUGGAGCUCCCCGACCCAUACAAAGGGGACUCUAGGGGAAGGAAGGCAACCCAGUGGCUAGACCGCAUGCUACUGUGGGUUGCGCUUCAUUGA